GAGAAACCCUUCAGCUGCUCCCAGUGCGGGAAGAGGUUCACCCAGAGCGGGAACCUGACCCGGCACAUGACCACCCACACCAAAGAGAAACCCUUCGGCUGCCCUGAGUGCUCCACCAGGUUCCACUGCAAGGACAGCAUGAAGAGACACAUGAGGGUCCACACCGGGGAGAAACCCUUCAGCUGCUCCGAGUGCGGGAAAGGGUUCCGCCAAAGGGGGACUCUGAGCGAACACAUGCUGAUCCACAUGAGAGAGAAACCGUUCAGCUGCUCCCAGUGCGGGAAGAGGUUCGCCCAGCAGGCUCAGCUGACCAAGCACGACGUGAUCCACACCGGAGAGAAACCCUUCAGCUGCUCCCACUGCGGGAAGAGGUUCUACUUCAAGAGGUAUCUGAGCAGACACAUGGCGGUCCACACCAGAGAGAAACUCUACAGCUGCUCCAGUAAAGGUCUAGAGGACCGGUCUCAAAGUGAACCUCACAGAGACGAGGAAGUCCUCAGCCUCAGAGUCUGUGAACAAAGCUCCUCUCGGGGGGGCGGUGGUCCGGUCUCAGAGUUUCACAAGGAAGAAACUGGAGCUGAUGGAGAGGACUGUGGUGGAUCAGGACCAGAUGGGGACUCAGAUCCAGAGAUACAAGAGAUUGAAGUCAAGAUUGAAGACUUAUCUGAACCUGAGACCAGAGACAGCAACGACUGGAAGACCAACACAGAACCCCAGUCAGGGUUAGAAUCACAGACCGGUGAGAGACCUCCUCCCUGCUUUCUGUGGAGGAUCGACACAGAGGAGAAACCCUUCGGCUGCUCCGAGUGCGGGAAGAGGUUUUCCCAGCAGGCCCAGCUGACCACCCACCGCAUCAUCCACACCGGAGAGAAACCCUUCAGCUGCUCCCAGUGCGGGAAGAGGUUUCUCUACAAACGGAACCUGAGACGACACACCAAGGUCCACUCCAGAGAGAACCCCAACGGCUGCCCAGAGGCCGGGAAGGGUUCUGUUCCUCCCUUAGCCUGUGAGCUAACAGAGAGAGGAGCAGAGAGCCUCCUCAGAGACCUGACAGGACAAAGACCUGGACCCGAAGUGGAGCUCCACCGACCAACAGAUCCACUGGAUGUGAUGUUAACACCUGAGAGGAAGCUGCAGAGAGCAGACCUCCAGCCCCCUGAGAGGAGCUCCAGUCUGCACCAGGAGGACUGUGACCCCCCACACAUCAAAGAGGAACAGGAGGAACUGUGGAGCAGUCCGGAGGGAGACCAGCUUCAAGGACUGGAGGAGACUUGUAUCCCUUACAUGCUGGUCCAUGUGAAGAGUGAAGAUGAUGAUGAUGAUGAAGAGGAACCUCAGUCCUCACAGCUUCAUCAGAGACACACUGAACACAUGGACUGUGGAGGACCAGGACCAGACGGGGACUCAGAUCCAUCACAAGCAGAGGUUGAGGUGAAGAUUGAGGACUCUUCUGAACCGGACACUGAGGACAGCGAUGAGUGGAAGGAGACCAGAGAGACUCAGUCGGGUUCGGACUCUGUGGACGGUCCAAACCGGAAACCACACGGCUGCUCCCAGUGCGGGAAAAUCUUCAAGACCAGAUGGAUCUUGAGCCGGCACAGGAGGAUCCACUCUGGAGAGAAACCCUUCAGCUGCUCUCAGUGCCCUAAAACCUUCAAUGUGAAGAGUUCUCUGACGUCCCACGUGAGGAUCCACACGGGAGAGAAACCCUUCAGCUGCUCCUCGUGUGGUCGAAGGUUUACCGUGAAGAGUUCUCUGAUCACCCACAUGAAGACCCACCCGGCGUUCAGAGCCUUCAGCUGCUCCGUGUGCGGCGACAGGUUCACUCACAGAUCCGACCUGACCUCUCACGUGAGCUCUCACGGCGAGGACAGAUCCUCCUUCUGCUGCUCCGUCUGCGCCAAGACCUUCAUCUCCAGGUCUCUGCUGGCCCGGCACGUAGUCACGCACACCAAAGAGAAACCCUUCAGCUGCUCCGCCUGUGGGAGGAGCUUCACUCAGAAGUGUCAUCUGAGCAGACACAUGAGGAUCCACACGGGAGAGAAACCCUUCAGCUGCUCCAUGUGUGGGAAGAGGUUUCACUGUGAGGGUAACCUGAGCCGACAUGUGUCCGUUCAUACAGACAGGAAGCUCUCUGAGACGACUGAUAUGAGUCCUCUCAUGGAGGAGAAACCCUUCAGCUGCUCCGCCUGUGGGAGGAGCUUCACUCAGAAGUGUCAUCUGAGCAGACACAUGUUGAUCCACUCCCCUUUCAGAGUCCGGACGCUUUCCCUCACGCUCCAGGGGCCACGUCUGGACUCACGCGGCCCAAAAUGAGGCCCCGAGAGCGGGUAAAAUACCUCCGCGAUGACCCCUGGAGGGAAAGCGUUUUUCCUCCAGGCUCCAGGGUCCACGUCUGGACUCAGGCGGCCCAGAAUGAGGUCAACCUGUUGUUCAGUAUGUUCAAGUUGAAUAUGUUCAUGUUCAGUCUUGUGCAGACAUCAUUUUAAGACGGUGUAGAACUACUUUUUACCCCCUCAGAAAGAGACUCAGGAGUCGUUAGGAGGACUGAUAAGGACUUGGAUUGAUAACAGAUCAGUUCCCUCCCCUAGUCAUGAUAUCACAUUCUGUCAUGUUACAAACUUUCAUUUUAUUUGUACUUUAUGUGACAGACUAACACAAAGUAGUGCAUACUUCUGGAUGAAAAUGAAACAUGGUGUUAAAUAUUUUUUAGAAAUAAAAAAAUUAAAAAGUG